AUGACAGACCUCCACGCCGACGCCGCGGAAUUGGCGCAUCCCAACCGCAUGCAGGAGCGACUGCAAGCCGGCGAAGUCGUCAGUGCCAUGUCCAUCCGGUAUUCAAGAGGCAUUGAGAUCGUGGGAUAUGCCAAAGCCGCGGGCAUGAAUGGGGUUCUGAUCGAUUUGGAACAUAGCUCCAUCGAUCUCGACCAAUGCGCCCAAUUCACCCUAGCAUCGCUAGCCCAUGGCAUCACAUCCAUUGUGCGCGUACCAUCGCUAGCCGGCUCGGUAGUAGGCCGAGUGCUAGACGGCGGCGCACAAGCCAUCAUCAUCCCACACGUGAAGACGUCACAGGACGCGCAGGAAUCCGCCAGCGCAGCCAAAUUCUUCCCGGACGGAAACCGAUCAGCGAUUGGGGGAUUGGCGGCGUUGAGUUACGGCGUGUUUCCGACCAUCGUGGCCAACAGGGCGGUCAACCAGCGCGUCAUGUGUAUCAUCAUGAUCGAGACCCUCGAGGCGUUGGAAGCCGUUGACGAGAUCGCCGCCGUCCCCUACGUGGACGUGUUACUCAUCGGCACCAAUGACUUGUCGGCCUGUCUGGGUGUACCGGGCGAACAUGACGAUCCCCGAAUUACGGAAGCUUAUGCCAGGGUCAUUGCUGCCUGUCGGAAGCAUGGACGCGCUCUGGGUAUCGGGGGGGUUGUAUGCGCGUCAGGAUCUGAUUGA